AAAUAAAAUAGCGGUCAGUUUGAGCAAGACCAAAAAUAAGGGCGGCAUAUUGUGAAAAGAGGAAUAUAAAAGCGGGUAGGGUUAGUGUGAAGCUUUCAUUCUCUCUCAAACGACAGUCUAUCAAGCGGCAAAAUCUUCAGGAUGAGUACACGAAGAAUUCGACCAUCAAGUAGCUCCAUUCCAAGGAACUCUACAGAAAACACACCAGUUGGAUCACAACAAUCAGAGCGAGAACACACACCUGCACGAUCACAGCCUAACACCCCAAAUGUUUCUACAAAUGAAUCUGCAAAUGAAUCAGCGGAUGAAGGUUGGGUAGUUGGCUCUAUGCAUAGGGACGGGCGUAUGAGGAUCGAAGUAAUUAAGGGAUUGUUGGAGCCUUCGGGUAGAUGCUCACGAGCAAUCACAGACUGUAUAUCUGAGAGGCAGGAUCCCACUGGAUUCAACUGGAAGGCAGUGUCUAAGGAGGUUAAAGAUUUUUAUUUCGAGGAGUUUAAGAAAUCUUUUGUUUGGAGACAAGAAGACAAACAAAUAUACAAAGCAUGGGUAAAAAAAGCAAGCAAUCGAUAUUCAAAUUUUUGCAGUGAUGCUCGGAAAAAAUGGGAAGCUGGUGAAGUAGACAAUAGAGUAGCCAUGCAUGUAUGGUUGCUUUGGGUUGAGUUUUGGAAAACUCCAGUUUUCCAGACUAAAUCAAAAACGCAGAAGAAAAAUCGUCGUGGUGGGACUGAUCACUACCCUCCAACUCAUACUGGUGGUUCAGCGUCUUUAAGAACACAUGCUGCUGUUCUGGCGGAGACUAAUGGUAAAGAUCCAACUCCGGCUGAUGUGUAUUUGCUUACACAUACUAAGAAUCGUGACAAAAAAACAUUUGUUACGAAGAAAGCAGAAGCAGUAUAUAAUAAGGUUAUUGAAAUUCGUGAGGAACGCUCUAAACCUGUUGAAGGUUCCGAAGAACCCCAAAUUAUUGAUGAAGAUGAAAUAUUCCUACAGGCAGUUGGGGGGCUAGACAAAAGAAAUAGAAUUUAUGGCAUGGGUUCUUUACAAAGUGUCAUAUACGGGCCAGAAAGCAGGAGCGAUACUUCCACUUCUCGUUACAGUGGCUCCAACUUCAACAGAGAAUAUGAGCUAAUGCAGGUUGAACUCCAAGAAAUGAAGGAUCAGGUGAAGGAAUUGCAAGAGAUGAGAAAUACGGAAUUAGAAGAUAUGAGAAAGCAAAUGGAAGAGAUGAAGAGCCAACUUGCUUUGGUAUUCAGGAAUCAGAAUGCAAGUUAGGCAUUACUUCAUUACUGUAGCAAGCCCCUGCUUUUAUAUAUUGUAGUGAACUUCUAUAUAUUUUGCACCAACUUAAUAGAAUUGUAUUGUAAAUGUUUGGUUACUGAUCACUUUCUGAUCAGGUACUUUGUUUUUAAUGAAGUUAGCUCUUGUUUUGGUUGUUA